AAUGUAUUACGACUUGGAUUUGUGGUUCAGGGUCACAUAUAGUAUUAUAGUGUUGUUUUAUAAUAUAUGUAUCCACAGAAAAUGCGAAUGUACUCAAAGGCACUUGAUGCAUUUGAUUCAGCUUCCACAUAGAAACCUUUUGUGUGUUUUAGCAGAUGUGAGUAUUCGAUUUUGGUCGUUUUACUCUGUUGGCUUUGCAUAUUUGUAAUUCUCAUUUGCAAUGCAGACUGAUGUGGGACAUUUCCAGACUUUGUGUGUGUGUGUGUGUGUGUGUGUGUGCAUUUGCACUUGUAAGGCACCACAUUUGCUGAAGCUGACCUGUCUGUGGCUCCGCCCACUGUUACCACAUGUCUAACCUCAGUCACCCACAAUGCCAGAGCACAGAAACCUUCACACAUAAAGUUCUGACCCAUCAGCGGCGCUCAUCUUCGUCGCAGACACCUGCCCUGCAGACCGAACAGAUAAGCUCAGGAGUUCCUGACAGACAUGGAGACCUCUGUUGAACAGUCACGCUGGGUUUCCUCCUCCAUGGUAUCGUCAGAGGUGAUGCCCGCUUACCCACCUGACUCUAGCUAUAUGGUCCACACUGAGGAGGGUUCGAUGUUCCCCUGCCCCGAUGCCGAUCACAGCAGCCUGCCCUCUUUGUUCAGCAGCCCCGUCCAUGGCCGUCCAUCUGGAGCUUUUCAAAACAGCCCAGUAUAUCCUGUUUACUCCUCUCCGUUCCUGGGAAACCUGUCCUGGCUUGAAAGUUCUAACAGCCCGUCUCUGACCAACCUCUUCCCAUCAUCUCCGUCAUCCUGGCACAGCAGUGCGUUUUCUAAGACGUCCUCAUCAUCCUUCCACGGCUCCACGGCCCUCUCCUCUUCCAGACCGCCUCGUUCUGCGUUUCCCUCCCCUAUCCAGCACCAAAAGGAGACCUUCGGUGUGCAGGAGAGUGUGAAAGGAGAGAGGCUGAGUCCUCCUGGAGGCGGGGAGUUGUUUGGCGGUGUGUUUUCCCCCUCAGUGAGCGGUGUGUAUGCGCAGACACACUCCUCAAAAACACACUCGCAGCCACUGACCCACUACAGUCCCUACGGGAGCUUCACGCAAGAUUACAACAGUCCGCUUCUCUACACACCCUCGUCCUUCUCACCCAAAUUAUGCAACAAGAUGAAAUUCUCUCCUUUAGAGCCACGUGAGUGUGUGAACUGUGGGGCCACUGCAACCCCUCUAUGGCGGCGUGAUGGAACGGGACAUUACCUCUGCAACGCCUGCGGGCUGUACCACAAGAUGAACGGACAGAACAGACCCCUCAUCCGACCCAAAAAGAGACUGGUCAUCAGUAAGCGAACAGGAACUCAAUGUGCGAACUGUCAGACCAGCACCACCACGCUGUGGAGACGCAACUCCAGCGGAGAGCCUGUCUGUAAUGCUUGUGGUCUCUAUUUCAAGCUUCACAAUGUGAACAGACCGCUGACUAUGAAGAAGGAAGGCAUUCAGACACGCAACCGUAAGGUAUCCAGCAAGAAUAGGAAAGGAAAGAAGUUCAGCGCCACGGAGGAGAAUCUGUAUUUUUCAAAAAAUCCUGCGUCUGAUCAGCAUUUCGACUUGUAUUCUCAGAGUCCAGGAGCUCUGGGCGUCUACAGCCACUCUUCCCAUUCGCUGCCGUCCACCACUGCCUUCCACAGCCACGCCGGCCUGCCCUACCCAUACCACCCAUCGGCUGCCAUCUUACCCAGCAUGGUGUGACAGAAGCUGGAAAAAGUGUACAAAACACUCACAACUGCCUAGCCAUGUGUUACAGUGCCCCAUUAUGCCAUUUUUAAGUUCCCUGAUAUUGUUUUGGGAGUGUCCUACAAUAGGUUUACAUGCCCAUAACCUCAUUUUCCAGCGAUUCUCAAACGAUUUGUUUGAAGCGGUUCAAAGAUUCAGUCUCCGUAAACCCCUCCUUUCUGUGAGCCUACUCUGCUCUGAUUGGUCGAAUGGCCCAGUCUGUUGUGUUUGGUCUACCGCGUACAGCGUGUGUCAGAAACGAUAUGCCCAUUGUCAUAAUUCCGUAUUUUGAAUGUAAUGUUGUAAAUGUAAACAUCUAUUAUUUAUCCUAACUACAGGUUGUGAUUUUAGAGGAGCCAGCUGGUCCAAAUAAACUUGGUACUGAGCCAUCUUUCAAGAGCAAGCGUUUUGUGAAUCCUGCGUUGAACUCCGCGAGAUUAGAGAAGCAGUCGUCAGUAAAAUUGCGUGUACAUUAAAGCUUAGUUUUGCAGAUCACAGGCAAAUUUAUAGAUGUUUCACUUUCUUAUGUAAACAUGGCUGAGGAUGCAAAAAGAGGAACAGAUGAACUGAAUCAAUUGAGUGAGUCAUUUAUGUUUUACUGUUUCAAAGUGCUUUGCAAAUCAUUUGAUUCAGAUCAAGACUUCAGUGCAGGUUCGUGAAUCAUUUGGUUUGAUCGGGACUUUGGUGAGUGUAACGUGAAUAAUUUGAUUUAGAUCUGAACUUCGGAGCAGGUUCGUGAAUCAUUUGAUUCAGAUUGAGACUUCAGAUAGCGUAUUGUGAAUUGUUUGAUUUAGAUCGGGACUUCGGAGUGCUUGUUGUGAAUCAUUUUAUUUGAUCUGGACUUUGGAGCGUGUAUCAUGAAUCAUUUGAUUCAGAAUGGAACUUCGGAGCAGGUUUGUGAAUCAUUUGAUUCAGAUCAGGACUUCAGAUAUUGUAUCGUGAAUUGUUUGAUUUAGAUCGGGACUUUGGAUCGGGUUUGCAAAUCAUUUGAUUUAGAUUGAAACUUUGGAGCAGGUUUGUGAAUCUUUUGCUUCACGUCGGAACUUCAGAGCGCGUAUAUGAAUCAUUUGAUUCUGAAUAGAAAUUUGGAGCGGGUUCGCAAAUCAGAUUCAGAUAGCGUGAAUCAUUUGAUUUAGAUCGGAACUUUGGAGCAGGUUUGGAGCAGGUUCGUGAAUCUUUUGCUUCAAAUCAGAACUUCAGAGCGCUGAUCAUUUGAUUCGGAAUGGAACUACAGAGCGGGUUUGCGAAUCAUUUGAUUCAGAUCGGGAUUUCAGACAGCAUAUCGUGAAUCAUUUGAUUUAGAUCGGAACUUCGGAGUGUGGAUCAUUUGAUUCAGAAUGGAACUUUGGAGUGGGUUCGUGAAUCAUUUGAUUCAGAUCAGGAUAUCGGAGUGGUUUCACGAAUCUUUUUUUCUUUUUUUUUUUAUUAGACAGUAGAAAACAUGAAACCAUUAAGGCAGUACAGUUCUAAAAACAAAACAAAGAAAAAUAAAGUAUACGUGAAUACAAAUCCCUUAAGAAAAUUAAGCAUGGUUUUAAUUUGAAAGAGAAGACGUUGUUUGAUAAGUGAGAUCUCUGAUUGAAGUCCUUAAAAAUCCAAAAAGUAGUGCUUGAAAAGUCAUUGAAAGUCCUGAAAUUUCAUUUUACAGUAUCUGUACAAAGCCUGGAUGAUUCUUUCUUCUAGAAGACAAUAACUUUUUCAUUUAUCGUGCACUUUGCAGAUCGUUUCCAUUCACAUACAGCUACAUUAUGUACAUGCAAGGCAAUAUUUGAAA